UAAAAUCAGAGUUCUUAUAGACAGAAUAAACCCUGAACGUAUUAAUAUGCGCACAGGAAGUGUCACUGACUCAAAAGCACAAGACAGAUGGUGCGAUUUGUCGCGGGAUGGUUUGGGGGCAGGGAGGGUAUUUACUGCCGUAUAAUCCGCUCUGAUGUCACCGUGUAAAGAAGGAGGGGUCUGAGAUCCGUUCGCUUUAAUCCCAGCGCGUCGAUAAGAACGACCGACGAAGAUGAAGAGCUCUUCUUCAUCGCUCGUGUUCGUGACAGGCGAUGAGCAGUGAGUGGGCGGAGCCAUGAGCCAUAGGGAGGAGCCAGAGGAGGCGGGUCUCAGAGGUCCUCCCCCUCAUCGCAGCAAGCAGGCCAAUGGGACGCCUCUAGAAGGCGGUCGACCCAGAUGGAGGCCAUGCCAGCUUCACAAUCCGGAUGCAGAAGGCCAAGGCCACCACCAUCAUCACCACCAACACUAUCACCAUCAAGCCAACCAGCACCCGUCUGGAUCGAGCCGGGCUGCACCGCGUCACCGUAGGCGGCACGUUCCCGGGCAAGCACAACGCAGGCGGGCUGAGAGCGGAGAUACAGAAGCUAGAGCUGGCCAACAGCCCAAAGCGGGGGCGUCAAGACACCACCGAAGCGGAGAGAGACUCCAUCAGCACAGAUAUAGACAGCAGCACAAAGCAGAAGAAGAAGAGGUGGUCAAAACUCCUCCGAAAAAACAAGCUCCAGAGCCGUUAUCUCCUGAAGAUUCCUCGCAAGAACUGCUGACUCCUUCUCCUCAGGAUGAACCAAUCACUGAUAGUCUGGAUGGAAACAGUCCAGAUGUGUCCCAUUCAUCUGAUACACAAGUCGAUCGCGAUCUAGAGUCUUCAAGGGAACAGCUGGAGGACAUAGUUCAAAGUGAAGAAUCAACAUUGGGCGAAGAGGAACUGACCAAAGAAGAAUAUUUUAAAGAAACUCCUGAGCAGGACUAUGCUCCUCCUAAGACUGCUUCAAAAAGUCGUCCUGAAAGUAAAAGAACCAGUCCGCUAAGAGUAGACGUUCCUCCAUUCGUCACAUCUCCUCACCAUAUGAUAAACAAACCUUUUUUCCAGUCUCCACGAAGCUUCCCUGAGACUCUUCGAAGCUACAAUUCAGAUCCGAACUCAUACCCUCCUCUUUUUAACGUGGGUUAUUCUCACACAAACAAGGAUAAAGGGUUUGAGAGUCCCAUGUCCCAUCAAGAAGAUCUCUCAGACUCCAGUCCCGAAGCCUGCUCUGAUUCCUACCCGCAGCUGAGCCCUGAAGAGACUCAGAGAGAAUCAUACCUAACAGAUCCUCAUCCAGCCCUCGAGGGACCUCAAGUGUUCGAGAGCGUGACCACGGAUGAGUGCGACCCUCAGGAAGACAUCGGUCUGCUUCGUUCCGUGGGCUCCAGGCUGCACCACUACGACGAACAGUCAGGAGAUGAAGCCGAAAGCUCAGGGAGAGUCAGGGCCCAGGUCAGGAAGACGUCAAGCUCGACUAGCCUUUCCCAAGAAGCUCCUCCACGAGAGGAGGCUCCGGAAACUGCUCAGCUUUCACCUGAAGCCGUGGAAAGACCUGACACGUCGUCCGCUCCGGCCCAGGAUCAGAUAACAGAGUACUGCAGAGACGCAGGGGACGCUGUCUCGCUGGCUAUUAAGGAUAUUAAGGAAGCUAUCGAGGAGGUGAAGACCAAGACGGUGCGCUCGCCCUACACGCCUGAUAAGAUCACAGAGCCCGUGUGGGUGAUGAGGCAGGAUCUGAGCCCGGUUGAGGAGAGCCAUCCUCAGCCACAGCCUCAGUCUGCAUGUCAGCUCUCGCUAACUUCUCCACAGUAUGCGGUGAGUGAGCUGUCCGCCGUGAUUACUGUAAUUCCUUACGUAAAUGUAGCUUUUGUAUUUCUUCAGUUGUCCAAAAUAAUAGACCGUAAAUCAUGUCAUAUUAAUGAAUGUGUCUCGUCUGUCCAGUCACCAGGCUCAGGCUCCACCUCCCCUCAGGGGGCGGAGUCUUCCAGCCGUCACCUGCCGUCACAUGAGGGGAGUGACAGCUUCGAGUCUCCAUCUCCUGCCAGUAAAGAGUCAAGGAGAAGUCUUGCUUCAUUUCCGACAUAUGUAGAAGUACCAGGCCCAUGUGACCCAGAGGACCUCAUCGACGGUAUUAUCUUUGCUGCUAACUACCUGGGAUCCACCCAGCUGCUCUCAGACAAGACACCCUCCAAAAACGUGCGCAUGAUGCAGGCUCAGGAGGCUGUGAGUCGCAUUAAGACGGCCCAGAAAUUAGCCAAAAACAGGAAGAAGGCUCCAGAAGGUGAAGCUCAGCCCAUGACGGAGGUGGACCUAUUCAUCUCCACUCAGAGAAUCAAAGUGCUCAAUGCAGACUCGCAGGAGACCAUGAUGGACCACCCUUUAAGGACCAUCUCCUACAUCGCUGAUAUUGGGAACAUUGUGGUGUUGAUGGCCCGCAGGAGAAUGCCUCGCUCCGACUCUCAGGAGAACAUGGAAGCCUCUGACCCAGCUCAGGACGAGAAGCGCCAAUACAAGAUGAUCUGUCACGUGUUUGAGUCUGAAGAUGCUCAGCUCAUAGCUCAGUCCAUCGGCCAGGCUUUCAGUGUGGCGUACCAAGAGUUCCUGCGUGCCAAUGGCAUCAACCCAGAGGAUCUGAGCCAGAAAGAGUACAGCGACCUCCUUAACACACAGGACAUGUACAACGAUGACCUCAUUCACUUUUCCAAGUCUGAGAACUGCAAAGAUGUUUACAUAGAGAAGCAGAAGGGUGAGAUUCUUGGGGUGGUGAUCGUGGAGUCGGGCUGGGGCUCCAUCCUGCCCACGGUGAUUAUAGCAAACAUGAUGCAUGGUGGCCCGGCAGAGAAGUCCGGCAGACUGAACAUCGGGGACCAGAUUAUGUCCAUCAAUGGCACCAGCCUGGUGGGGUUACCUCUCUCCACCUGUCAGAGCAUUAUCAAGGGACUGAAGAACCAAUCCAGAAUAAAGCUUAACAUUGUGAGAUGUCCACCUGUGACCACUGUCCUCAUCAGAAGACCAGACCUGAGAUAUCAACUGGGAUUUAGUGUGCAGAAUGGCAUUGUGGGUGGUACAAAGAGCUGUAGAUUGUCCGUGGUUUAUAUUGAAAGAAAUCCUUUGGUUUCAUCUGGUGAAGCUGUAAGCCCCACAGAGUACUAG